AAAAUUCCCAGAAAACAUCUGUUCUGCUGUGAAAUGGGAUCUCCAAAGGUCUAGAAGACUACGAUGCCGAUGUUUAAACAUGUUUUAAAUGAGAUAUUCGCCAUUAGAAGCUCGAGUUGUGCUAGUUCUGUCACUUUCAAACUGUUGGGAUAAAGUCGAUUGCAAACGUGGUAGGUUUUCGAAAGAACAACCCAUGAGAUGUCACCAUUUCUUAACGUGUUCAUGAGUCUUAUAAUUACUUAGGCACAAUUUGGCAUACUUGUUCUAGUUGCACUCAUUGGUUUGACAUUAGCUGGUUUACAGAUUGUCAACCAAUGGCCAAAUGGUUACGAAGCUACUUUAUCAAUUCCUAUUGGUAAUACUAUCAACGGAUGGGAGAUAAUGUUAAAGUUUGCAGGACCUGUUAGUCUCCAAGCUUGGUUAGGCGAUGUACAAUCGAACGUAGGUGAUCAAACGUACGUCCUUCGUAAUAAAGACUAUAAUGGUAAUCUAGCGAGCGGAUCCACUUAUGAAUUCAAAUUUGUUGUGGAUUUCAAGGGAGUCAGUGGUAAUCUGAUUCAAGCAACUAUCAAUGGCCAAAAUAUUGAUUUGGGUGAGAAUAUUCCGGUUAAUCCUGGUACAACAGCAGCAACAACUCCAGCUGGUUCCACUCAAGGUCCAAUAAAUCCCACAUUACCUAAUGGAAAUUAUGAUUAUGGUGCGGUAUUACGUGCAUCACUCUUGUUUUAUGAAGCCCAGCGAGCUGGUAAAUUACCGGCAAAUAAUCGUAUCCCAUGGAGAAGUGAUUCAAUGUUAAUGGAUCGCGGAGAAAAUGGAGAGGAUCUAACCGGAGGCUAUUUUGAUGCGGGUGAUUAUGUUAAAUUUAAUUUUCCAAUGGCUGGUACGACAACACUGUUGGCGUGGGGUGUAUUAGAUUACGAAGAUGCAUAUGCCACGGCAGGAGAACUAGUGAAUGCAAGAGAAGCACUCAAAUGGGCAACUGAUUAUUUUAUCAAGUGUCAUGUAUCUAAACGUGAAUUCUACGGACAAGUAGGUGACGGUAACGAUGAUCAUGCAUCGUGGUCUCGACCAGAAGAUUGGACAAAAAAUCGACCUGCAUGGAAAUUGACCAAUGACAAACCUGGUUCUGAUCUUCUCGCUGAAACAGCUGCUGCUCUUGCUGCCACCGCUAUGGUAUUUCGCACUGCUGACAAAGCGUAUUCUGACACUCUCAUUCAUCAUGCUCGUGAACUUUAUGAUUUUGCAAAUGAUCGUCGUGGCAAAUAUUCAGAUUCUAUUCCGAACGCAUCUUCUUUCUACAAUUCUUGGUCUGGAUAUGGAGAUGAAUUGGCAUGGGGCGCUGCGUGGUUAUAUCGUGCUACUAGUGAUCCACGAUAUCGUUUUGAAGUUGAUUCACAUUGGAACGAAUUUAGCUUAGGUGGACAACCGCAAGAAUUUGGAUGGGAUGAUAAGAAAGCAGGAGUUCAGAUACUGAUGGCCAGAGUCACGGGAGAACAAAAGUUCAAACAGGCUGCUGAAAGUUUUUGUAAUUACAUUGUACGAAAUGCACCGAAAUCACCGAAAGGUUUAGUAUUCUUGAGUCAGUGGGGUGCGUUAAGACAUGCAGGAAAUGUGGCAUUUGUUUGUCUUCAAGCCGCCGCGGCUGGGAUUAAUACUCAAGAAUAUGUUAAUUUUGCUGCCAAACAAAUUAAUUAUAUUUUGGGCGAUUCUGGCCGAAGUUAUGUGAUAGGUUUCGGUAACGAUUAUCCAAAGAAACCACACCAUCGAUCCAGCUCAUGCCCAAAUCGUCCAGCUCUAUGUGAUUGGAAUGCCUACAACAGCCCUAAUCCAAAUCCACAAUUGUUAGUAGGUGCAUUAGUUGGUGGUCCAGAUCAACAAGAUUUUUACGAAGAUAAGCGAGAUGAUUAUAUUAAAAAUGAAGUUGCUACUGACUACAAUGCUGGUUUUACAUCAGCUGUGGCCGGUCUAGCUCAUUAUGCAAAUAAAGUUUAG